GUGCAGCAAGAAGAGACAAAGACCACUACGGAGAACACCCCACUUACAACUUUUUUGUUCUUUUUCUCCGCGGGCUGCGGCCUGCAGCAGAAGCAGCAGCAGCAGACACCGCCAGGCUCCUUGCUGCUGCUGCUGCUGCUGUCUGGAGACCCGCGCAGCAGCUCGUCCUCAAACACAACCCCGACCUCCGACACCAACUGGUGGCCCUCACUUCUUUCUUCGCCACUUCGAUGUUCAUCACCGGUUACUUCAACGACACCUACCAGAAGAUUGUGGACUUGAGUUCUCUGGUGGAACACCAAGCCGCGAGGGACUUGGAAAAGGAAGGGUUUUGGAGAACAGCAGCACAAGAGAAGGAGCGGCGUUUGCUGCUGCUGCAGCAGCAGCAGCAGCGGCUGGAGAGCAGCUGGGCUGCUGCUCUUGCUGCAGCAACAGCAGCAAAGGACUUCAACGUCCUCUGCGCGCACCUCGAGCCCCAAACCCUAAACCCUAAACCCUCGACAGAACAAGAGGGCCCAGACGCAAACCCUAAACCCUUAGAACCUCUUCCCCCUUCUUCGUGGAGGUUUGAAUUAAUGCCUUAUGGGGCAGAUGCCCCGGAGGCCCACACCUUCCCCACGCCCAGCCACGAGAUGCCGCUGCGUUCCUUCUCUCUCUCCUUCACCUCGAACAACCUUUCGGGCAACUGGGGCGACUACAUCAACAGGCAAGACAACAAGAAUGCCAUAAUGCGGCCCUCUCGCGUGAUGUUUACUGACGUCUUCAUCCCCACAACAAAAUAA